CAAGUGGCCAGAAAUAGCGGGAUACAAAUUUCGCGCGGGCCGCGCAGAGGUGGGCCAUAAAGACGAACGGACCGGAAGUGGUGGUUGUCAUAGCUACCGAUGUGUCCAGCCUCUUCCCUAUUUUAUAUUCUUCCCAAUAUUCUCGCUCUGUUCUUAUGAGCCUAGGACAAUAGAACAAGGAAGUGCUCAUGCACUGGGCCCUCACAAGUACAACUAGAGGCUACAACGACUGCACUGGCCAGUUGAUUUGGGAAGAGGACCAGACCGGAAAUGGCAGUUUCCAUGGUAACACUGGAACGGGUUGCCUGGGAGAUGACCCCUUUCGGUCUCUGAGCCUCUGCUGUAGCGUCACCUCGAAGACAGAUCUAACAGAUUCUGAACUGUCUCCUGCCAUGAUUCCUGGGAAAUACCGCUCUGUUUCUGGCCGAGCUGCGAACAACGUGAAUUGUGGACUUCAUCUGGUUAUUCAGACAUCAUCACUUCCUGAAAAAAACAAAGUUGAAUUCAAGCUAAAUAAAGAAACAUCAUUUCCUGGUCGACUCUUACAACAUGACCUUGAAAGAAACUACUCAAGUAGGCAAGAUCUACUAAGAAUACAAAGAAUAUAAAGUGAGGUACAUCUCUCAAGGAACUUAUAAAUUUAAUUGGGAAGACCAGGGCUACGUAUCUGGUGAUCAUGUUAAUCUGAUAAGCUCAUCAAUGCCAUCAUUUCCCAUUCUCCAACGUUCUUCUGAAGAGAAAAUUCUUUACUCAGACCGGUUGACCUUAGAAAGGCAAAAGCUGACAGUAUGUCCUAUCAUCGAUGGGGAAGAGCACCUUCGUUUGUUGAACUUUCAACACAAUUUUAUAACUCGGAUCCAAAAUAUUUCUAAUCUGCAGAGGCUAAUAUUCUUGGAUCUAUACGACAACCAGAUUGAAGAAAUUAGUGGGCUUUCUACUCUGAGAUCCCUCCGUGUCCUUCUUUUGGGGAAGAACAGAAUUAGAAAAAUUUCAAAUCUGGAGAAUCUAAAAAGCUUAGACGUCUUGGACCUUCAUGGAAAUCAGAUCACAAAAAUCGAAAAUGUCAAUCAUUUGUGUGAUUUGAGAGUUUUAAACCUUGCCAGGAAUGUUUUAAGUCAUGUUGAUAAUCUUAAUGGACUGGAUUCACUAACUGAACUGAACUUGCGACACAAUCAAAUCACUUACGUGAGAGAUGUGGAUAAUUUGCCCAGCCUCCAACGUCUGUUUCUCAGCUUUAACAAUAUAUCUAGUUUUGAGAGUGUCUCCUGCCUUGCUGACUCUACUUCCCUUUCAGACAUCACUUUUGAUGGCAAUCCAAUAGCUCAAGAGUCAUGGUACAAACACACUGUCCUUCAGAAUAUGAUGCAGCUGCGCCAGCUAGACAUGAAGAGAAUCACGGAAGAAGAAAGGCGUAUGGCAUCUGUUGUAGCCAAAAAAGAGGAAGAGAAGAAGCGGGAAAGUCAUAAACAAUCUUUGCUUAAGGAGAAGAAACGGUUAACAAUUAACAACGUAGCUCGAAACUGGGACUUGCAACAAAAUCGAGUAGCUAAUAUUCCUACAAAUCAAGAUAGAAAAGACUCUGACUCCCCUUCUCAGGACCCCUGUCAGAUCGAUGGAAGCUCCAUUUCUACAUUUCCAGAGGAAACAGGGUCUCUAGACUCAGGGCUCAUCAGUGCUUUGCAAGGCUUAUCUGUCACAGACACACACCUUGUGGAAGUGGAUGGGGAUACCCUUUCCCUCUAUGGCUCAGGAGCAUUGGAAUCUCUGGAUCGGAAUUGGAGUGUUCAAACAGCAGGAAUGGUCACAACGGUCUCCUUCACUUUCAUAGAAUUUGAUGAAAUCGUCCAAGUGCUCCCCAAAUUGAAGAUUAAAUUUCCUAAUUCUCUGCACCUUAAAUUCAAGGAAACAAAUCUUGUAAUGCUGCAGCAAUUUAAUGCACUAGCACAACUCCGUCGCAUUGAUCAGUUGACAAUCGACCCUCAAGGAAAUCCAGUUGUCAAUUUUACACUCUGGAAAUACUAUGUACUAUUUAGGCUGAGCCAUUUUAGUAUGCAGAAAAUAAAUGGAACAGAGGUGACACAGAAUGAUAUGAUAAUGGCUGAAAGGCUCUUUGGAAUCCUAGCACACGUGGCAUCUUCUGAGUUACCCCAGUACCGUAUAAUUUCAAUUCUGGGUGAUGCCAGGAAGAAGCAAUUUCGGUAUCUUCUAGAAACUAAAGGGAAAAAAACAGGCGUUAACAGUGAAGAAAAUAAUGACAGUAAAAAAUUUGUAGUAGAAAACACAAAUCGUGCUACACUGAAUUAUACCACAAGAGAAUUUUAUAAUGAAAAGCUGGAGGAAAUAAAGGAAAAAAAGAAAUUCUGCAAGAUGUAUGUAGAGGACCUUGUGAAGGAAGCCACAGAAAUCAACAUGAAAAAUGAGGCUUUGCAGAAGCUUUGGCCGCAGAUGUUUAUUGAGCUUGUUAGGGACGCAGUCAUAGAAAUCCGCAACAAAAAUUCAUAUAUGAAGCUCUGCCUACAGCAGAUAACUGACCAAAAAUAGAAAUGGAUUUUAGUCUCAGUUGAUUUUAACAGUUUUAUUUUUUUGAAUGUUAAAAACAUGUAGGGUAAACAUGUUAAAUCAACAUCACCACCACUCUCCUACAAACUAGAAAGACUAGCAUCAAACAUCAUAGCCUCGUCUUGCCGUUGUUGAAGGUCAGAAAGGAAAGAGAGAGACAGGGAGGAUUAAUUCCUUUAUGUAAAGAAAGACUGAACAACCUUUGGGAAUGAGCAGAUUUUAGAGAUGGCUUGGGUCUUGAGCUGGCAUUACAUCAUGGGCUGUUGCUUUGAUGCCCCUGCUAUAGCCCAAAGCACGCAACCUUUGCUCUUGGUUCAGCAUGAGUUACUUCUACCUACUUUCAGCUGGUAGUUCUUAGUUAUUUGCCUUUUUAUUUUAUGUCAUGAUUUCAAAGUAAAAAAUAUGUUCUUUUUUAUGAGUAAAUAAUAAACUUAUUAAUAAAUUAGUAUUUAAAAAAUGUGUCUGCCUCAUUAA